AUGGUUAUACCCACUUCCUUUUUUAUAUCAGUUCUUCUUCUCUUUGCCAUAAAUCCCAUAACUGAAGCUGGAACUCACAGAAAAGUAGUAGUAUCCAAAUUGUCACACUUAGAUGAAGAAGCAAAUGCUUUGAUUUUGAGUGGUUGGUGGAGUAACCAACACAAUAUUUCAAACCGUUGCAGCUGGCCUGGUAUUCACUGCAACAAUGCUGGAAGCAUCACAGAGAUUACUUCUCCUCCAAGGAAGAAUUAUGACAGCUCUCUCGCGAAACAGGGCCGGUCGACAGGCAUCGAUUUUUCUGUCUUUUUGAAUCUUGUCCACCUUGAUCUCAGUGAAAUGGGGUUGUAUGGAUUCCCAAAGGGGCUAAGUAGUCUCAACAAGCUGAAGUUUCUGAACCUAUCUCAUAACAAGCUUAAAGAUGAACCAGGUUCUCCUUCUUCAUUGGCAAAUCUAACUCAACUUCUUGUGCUUGAUAUUUCUUACAAUUUCAUUGGUGGUCAAAUUCCUAAUGAAUUCAGCAUGCUAGAGAGGCUUGUCACAUUGGAUUUGAGUUCAAACUUGUUCAGUGGAACCAUUCCUUUAAUCUUCAGUCAUAUGUCCAAUCUCAUCUACAUGAAUCUUUCUAGCAAUCAACUAACUGGUGACCUUACUGCUACAACAUAUGCAAAUCUCACCAAGUUAGAGAAUCUUGACCUUUCCCAAAACGGAUUUAGUGGUCUCAUCCCUCAAGAAAUAGGGAAUUUAACAAAUUUGUUAACCUUAGACCUUAGUUUAAACAACUUGGUUGGUCCAAUACCUCACCAAAUAGGGUACUUGAACCGUUUGACAAGUCUCCACCUUAAUUCAAAUUCCAUUAAUGGUUCUAUACCUUCAAGUUUAGGACUUUUAACCCAGUUGGAAGUGUUGACUAUCAAAAACAAUGAAGUAGGUGGAUCUAUCCCCAGUGAAUUAGAGAACUUGGUUCAUCUUAAAGUUUUAGAUCUUUCAUAUAAUGAAAUCUUGGGUGUCAUACCAAAAUGGAUAUCUAACCUGACACAAUUAGAUGAUAUAAGACUUUCAGGGAAUCAAAUUUGUGGUUAUAUCCCAUCUACUAUACUUGUUCAUAUCAGUCAUGUGGAUCUCAGCACAAACAAGUUAAUUGGAAGCAUUCCCUUUCAGAUUGGUAAUCUUUCAUAUCUAGAUGUUAGCUACAACAACCUUGCUGGUCCAAUUCCUGAGCAAAUAGGGUACUCGAACCGGUUGACGUUUCUCCACCUUGAUUCAAAUUGUUUCACUGGUUCUAUACCUUCAAGUAUAGGACUUCUAACAGAAAUGAUAAUGCUCACUAUGGGACACAACAAGAUAAAUGGUAGUAUCCCCAUAGAAAUAGACCAUUUGUUGCAUUUAGGAGCUUUGGAUCUUAGUACGAAUAGACUUUCUGGUGUUAUCCCAUCUGGUCUCUUUGUUCACCUUACAUUUGUAGAUCUCAGCACUAACAAUUUGAGUGGAAGCAUUCCUUCUCUAAUUGGCAAAAGUGUUAAUCAUUUAGACCUUAGUUACAACAAUCUCAGUGGCAACAUACCUGAGGGGAUAGAUUCUGUGCAAUUCUACAAUUUAGAGUGCAAUCCUUUUCUCAAUGGAGAUUACCACAAUUGCCAAUCAGAAAACCUUAAUAAUGGUCAUGAUAAAAGUUUAAGUACUUUGGGUUUGGUUUUGAUAAUUGUGGCCAGUAUUCUUGUUUCUUUUGGCUCCAUAGGGAUUGGAAUUUGUGUUCUAUUUGCCAGGCAUCGCAGUCGCAGACUAAAAAGCAAGGCAGCAAAGCAUGGAGACUUGUUCUCAAUUUGGGAAUAUGAUGGCAAAAUUGCAUUUGAGGACAUUGUUGAAGCUACAGAGGACUUUGAUAUCAGAUAUUGCAUUGGAACUGGUGCUUAUGGUAGUGUCUACAAAGCAGAACUUCCGAGUGGCAAAACCAUUGCAUUGAAAAAGCUUCACAAAACAGAAUCAGAAAAUCCAUCUUUUUACAAGAGCUUUUGCAAGGAGGUUGAGGUCUUGACAGAGAUUCGCCACCGGAACAUCAUUAGGCUUUAUGGCUAUUGCUUGCAUAACAGAUGCAUGUUUUUGGUGUAUGAAUACUUGGAAAGAGGAAGCUUGUUCUGUAACUUGGCCAAUGAGAUAGAAGCUCAAGAGUUGAAUUGGAGCAAGAGGGUGAACAUCAUUAAAGGGACAUCAUAUGCUCUUGCUUAUAUGCAUCAUCAUUGUACUCCUCCUAUUGUUCAUCGUGACAUUACCACCAGUAAUAUACUGCUGAAUUCAGAGUUGGAUGCUUGUGUAUCAGAUUUCGGCACAGCGAGACUUCUUGAUACUGAUUCAUCUAACCUAACUAUUCUAGUUGGUACUUAUGGAUAUGUUGCUCCAGAAUUGGCUUACACCAUAAAUGUGACUACAAAAUGUGAUGUAUAUAGUUUUGGAGUGGUAGCUUUAGAAACAAUGAUGGGGCAUCAUCCAGGAGAAUUCAUUUCCCGUCUGUCAAAGCCAUCUACUCAGAACUUAAUGGUGAAAGAUGUAUUGGAUUCAAGGAUUCCUCUCCCAAUUCUUGAGAAAGAUUUGCAAGAUGUUGUGCUUGUUAUGACACUAGCAUUGGCAUGCCUCUCUUCUGAUCCAAAAUCUAGACCAUCAAUGGAGGAUGUGGCUAAUGAUUUUUUGGCUUCUAAUUCACCAAUACAUUUCUCUUUCUCUGAUGUUUCAAUCUACCAAUUGAUGAAUCAAGAAAUAUAUGUCAUAGGUAAAAAUUAGGACAACUGUGAUUGUACUCUCUUAUGCAUGUCAUCAUAUUUCUGUAAAGUAGUAAUGCAUUUAUUAGCCCUUUUGGUCCUAAAAGUCAAAAUUGUGCAUAUAGGGCUUUCCCUCUCACUCUCAAACUCACAGUCCAAUUUAAUUGAUAAUUUUGUCCUGAAUUGCAUUUCAAUUUUUAUUGACAGCUAAGAGUUAUAAAAAUCAGUUAUGUUAGUUAUU